AUGACAAAGACAACGGGGAAAGGAAGUAGGAGUAUCAAGAGGAAGGCGAAGAAUGAUACUCUUGACCAAGAUAUUAAAUUGUAUCGUGAAUUAAUGAGAAGGUCUGAAGAAUUGGAAUCAGAUAUCCCACCUCGAAAGUCAAAACUUCAAACCUCAUCAUCAAAUUCGAAUUCGAACCAUGAUUGGAAUCAGGUACAACCUGUGGUGAAGCAUGAAGUGGAUGAAGAAGAUGAAAGCUUAUCAACAAGAAGAUAUUCUAGACGUAGCACUAGAUCCAUGACAAGACUGCUUGAGAAAGAGAAUAAUGAGAAAAUUGAAGAUCCAAUUAAAAUCAAAAAACCAAGAUCAACUAAAGUUAAUAUUCCUAAACGACCUCAAUUCUAUAGCAUGAAUAAAGUCAUACCCAUGGAAAAGAAACAAUCUACGAAUUUACGAAACAAAAUUAAACCAAAUACAAUAAAUAACAUUAAAAUAAAUAAUCCUAAUCAUAAACAUGAACAAAACAUUCAAUUAGAUCAUACAUAUCUGACAUUAAUAAGUAUGAUUAAAUCAAACAUUUCUCAAGAUAAUAUUGAUAUACCAUUAAUAAAUAAUUUGAUUCCCAAGAAUUUAAACUAUGAACAUGAAAGAUUCCAAAUUAAAAACAACCAUGAUAAUGAAAGUCAAUUUUUACGAGCCACAAAUCAAUUAACACAUAAAGGUUUCAAUAUAAUCCUGAUAAAUUAA